UUACAUAUCUCUUUGACUUUGUGAUUAGAAUGAGGAAUUAUAGAACAUCAAUUUUUGUGGUAUUAAGUUUGGUAAUAUUUCUCAAUGUGCAGAGAAGUUUUGUGGCAGAAGCUAAGAAGAAGGUUCAUAUAGUGUAUUUGGGUGAGAAGCAACAUGAUGAUCCCGAGUUUGUCACGGAAUCUCAUCAUCGGAUGUUGUGGUCACUUCUUGGAAGUAAAGAGGAUGCCCAUAAGUCAAUGGUUCACAGUUACCGACAUGGCUUCUCAGGUUUUGCGGCUAAGCUUACCAAGUCCCAAGCCAAGAAGAUAGCGGAUUUACCUGAUGUUGUCCAUGUCGUACCGGAUAGUGUCUAUAAGUUGGCAACAACUCGAACUUGGGAUUACCUAGGCCUUUCUGCUGCCAAUCCAAAGAGUCUUCUACAUGAAACUAAUAUGGGUGAACACAGUAUCAUCGGUGUUAUAGACACGGGAGUAUGGCCUGAAUCUGAAGUAUUUAAUGACAAUGGGUUCGGGCCUGUGCCAAGCCACUGGAAAGGAAGCUGUGAGUCGGGAGAGAAUUUCACUUCCUCUAACUGCAAUAAAAAGCUCAUCGGAGCAAAGUAUUUCAUCAGUGGUUUUCAAGCAGAGAACGAAAGCUUCAACUCCACAGACUCACUUGAUUUCAUUUCCCCUCGAGACUUUGAUGGUCAUGGCACGCAUGUUUCCACCAUUUCGGGCGGUUCAUACGUGCCCAACAUUAGUUACAAGGGUCUAGCAGGAGGGACUGUGAGAGGUGGGGCACCUCGUGCUCGUAUAGCGAUGUACAAGGCUUGUUGGUAUCUUGAUGAUGCAGACAUAACGACUUGUUCAUCUGCUGACAUCUUGAAAGCUAUGGACGAGGCUAUGCAUGAUGGUGUUGAUGUUCUGUCAAUCUCUCUAGGCUCUGAAGUUCCUUUGUCUGACGAAACUGAUAUUCGCGAUGGGAUGACUACUGGAGCAUUCCAUGCAGUCUUAAAGGGUAUCACUGUUGUUUGUUCCGGUGGUAACUCUGGCCCAGACUCUCUUACCGUGACAAACACAGCUCCUUGGAUGGUGACUGUGGCUGCAACUACUCUAGACCGGUCCUUUCCCACACCUCUUACACUUGGGAAUAAUAAAGCGAUAUUGGGUCAAGCAAUGUACACAGGUCCAGAACUUGGCUUCACUAGCUUGGUUUAUCCGGAGAAUCCAGGGAAUAGCAACGAAAGUUUUUCUGGUACUUGUGAGGAGCUAUUCUUCAAUUCUAAUCGUACAAUGGAGGGGAAAGUUGUGUUGUGUUUCACAACAUCACCUUACGGUGGUGCUGUAUCAAGGGCUGCACGUUAUGUGAAGAGAGCCGGUGGUCUCGGUGUAAUCAUCGCAAGACACCCAGGCUACGCUAUCCGACCAUGUCUAGAUGAUUUCCCUUGUGUUGCUGUGGACUGGGUGCUUGGGACUGAUAUACUUCUCUACACACGGUCCAGUGGAUCGCCUGUGGUGAAGAUACAACCUUCUAAAACACUCAUCGGACAACCAGUGGGUACAAAAGUGGCAACGUUCUCAUCAAGAGGGCCUAAUUCGAUCGCCCCUGCGAUUCUCAAACCGGAUAUAGCAGCACCAGGAGUGAGCAUAUUGGCAGCUACAACCAACACCAGUUUCAGCGACCGAGGGUUCAUUAUGCUGUCAGGAACAUCAAUGGCAGCUCCUGCAAUAUCAGGAGUUGUUGCACUUCUCAAAGCUCUGCACCGUGAUUGGUCUCCUGCUGCCAUUAGAUCAGCCAUUGUCACUACAGCUUGGAGAACCGAUCCAUUUGGAGAGCAGAUAUUUGCUGAAGGGUCACCUCCGAAGCUAGCUGAUCCGUUCGACUACGGUGGAGGCCUUGUGAAUCCAGAGAAAGCUGCAAAUCCAGGUCUUGUAUAUGACUUGGGACUUGAAGACUAUAUUCUCUACUUGUGCUCUGUUGGUUACAACGAGACAUCAAUCUCUCAGCUCGUUGGUAAAAGAACAGUCUGUUCAAAUCCCAAACCAUCUAUUCUUGAUUUCAACUUGCCUUCCAUCACAAUCCCAAAUCUCAAAGAUGAAGUGACUCUCACCAGAACCCUCACUAACGUUGGACCACUCAAAUCGGUCUAUAAAGUUGCGGUGGAGCCACCAUUGGGUUUUCAAGUGACCGUGACACCGGAGACACUAGUGUUCAACGCUAUGACCAAAAAGGUCUCUUUUAAAGUUAAAGUCUCAACCAAACACAAAAUCAAUACAGGUUUCUACUUUGGAAGCUUGACGUGGAGUGACUCUGUGCACAAUGUCACCAUUCCUUUGUCUGUGAGAACGCAAAUUCUGCAGAACUAUUAUGAUGAAAAUUAAACCUAUUAAAAUGACUAACCAUUUGUGUGCUUGUACUUAUACUGUAAUACAUGUAUGUAUUGAACUGUUUGACUCUUUGUAAACUUUAAUUAAAGAAGGGAAAACUCCCAAAAAUUGCCUCAGUUGCCUCAACAUUUGCUAAGAAACUGAGAUUUGACAA